GUAAAAAUUUUGAAAAAUGAAUAUUGUGAAAGAAAAAUGAUCAAUUAGUGGAUCUCAUCAAUGAGUUCCAAUUAAUUAAUUGUGGCUCCGAAACGACCUAGAUACACUCCAAGUGGAAAAUCAAUCAACAAAUUAAUGACAAAUCAGUCUCAAAUAAUUUUGGUAAAAUUUUACUUGAUUAAUUCCCUUAUCAUAUCGUUCUAAUCACUUAUUAAAAUCUGAUUUUGAGGUUAAAUUCACUUACAUGCGCCCCGUCACAAACAUUAGCAGCGGGCUGGCUUGGCGUCGAUUCAAUCCUCUCUUCCGUGGCAUUUUCUAAAAAAGCAAUCACCUAACAUUAUUUAAAAAUAAUUUCCGAAGUCGAAUUGGUGUAAGACAUAAAUAAAUAAUUGAUUGAGUCGAAUAUUUUUCUCAAAUUCGAGAUUACGGAACGGUGCACUUACCACUGCCGGACGCCAUUGUGUAAACAAAUGCAAACAAAUAUCGUUGUCAAUGAUUUGUCAGAACAAGUGACCGCCAGCAAGUCAGUAAACACCACUAAAUCUGUAAUGUAAUUAUUGUUAGUGAGGUUUGGGGGCGCUGUAUGAAAAAUAAAGAGCUUGCUCACCAUCUUUUCCUCUCAAGAAAUGUAAUUAUUUCAACGAAUAACCUCCACCUAGUGCUCCAAUUUUAGGUUAAUUAUGACUAGAAUUCGUUCUUUCUCGUUUUUCAAGUUGAUUCAAAUUGAGAUUGUGAAGGAUAAAUAAUGAACUAUCUGAUUGAGCUCAUCAGGAGUGCAAUUGCAAGUAUGCUCCAAUUACUUUGGUUCGGUAAACGUAAGAUAUCGAAUACUCUCAGUAUUUACAUCAAAACAAACACUGGCAACACGUUGUCAGUGGAUUUAGAUCCAAAAUGGGAUAUAAAAAAUGUGAAGGAAGUCAUUGCGGGGAAAAUGGGACUUGCACCAGAGGAUAUCAAAAUUAUAUUUGCUGGGAAGGAGCUUCAUAAUUCGACUAUUAUCGAGGAAUGUGACUUGGGACAGCAGAGCAUCCUUCAUGCUGUGAAAACUCCCCCAAGAAGACUGAAAUCUUCCCCGAAUACUCAAAGGAUCAGUGAAUCUUGUACUGAAUCGUUGGAAUUAACUGAAAGUGGAAGUAAACCUCUGAAUGAAACAUUGACGGAUUUAUCAUUGAAUGAAGGGGAGAAGAAUGAACUUAUAGAAUCUUCAGAACCCCGAGGUAAACGUGCCCACUUCUAUGUAUACUGCGCAGCCCCCUGCAAGUCAAUCGAGCCAGGAAAGCUCCGAGUCCGCUGUUCCUCCUGCAGCUCGGGAGCAGUGACUGUGGACCGAGACCCUCAAUCCUGGCCGGACGUGCUGCUCCCAAACCGCAUCACAGUCCAUUGCGAGAACGACAGCUGUCAUCUAUCGCACUCCUCCUCCUCGCCUUCAGAUUCCCAGAUUCCCUACGCUCAGUUUUUCUUCAAAUGCGGCAAUCAUCUGAGCAGAGGAGAAACUGACAAAGCAAUUCCUCUUUACCACAUUCGCCCAAACUUGAGGAAAGUUCCGUGUCUGGCUUGUACAGAAGUUGAAGAAGUUGUCCUCGUGUUUCCAUGCGAGGCAGCUCAUGUCACAUGCCUAGAGUGUUUCAAAGACUACUGCAAUGUGAAAUUGAGAGAGCGUCAGUUCGAAUUCGAUGGGACCAAUGGAUACUACACACUUCCUUGUCCUGCAGGCUGUGCAAACUCUUUUAUACGAGAAGUGCAUCAUUUUCGCUUGCUAGAUCAACAUCAGUAUGAACAGUACCAACGGUUUGGGGCUGAAGAGUAUGUUCUUCGAGCUGGCGGCCUCUUGUGCCCCCAGCCAGACUGCGGAAUGGGAAUUAUUCCACCAGAACCUAUUAAUUCGAUGGAUGACGAGGAGUGUAAGAAGAUUCAGUGUAUCGGAGGCUGCGGAUACGUUUUCUGCAGGAGAUGCCUGAAUGGAUAUCAUUUAGGGGAGUGUGGACAAGUAGAGAGAACUACCUUAAAUACCCAGGGAGGUGGAGGGUACUCUGUUGAUCCUGACAGGGCCAAGGAUGCCAAGUGGGAUGAGGCGAGCAAAAAGGUUAUUCAGAAGUCCACCAAACCUUGCCCUAAGUGUAGGACACCCACUGAGAGGGACGGUGGAUGCAUGCACAUGGUGUGCACUCGGGCAGGGUGUGGGUUUCAGUGGUGUUGGGUCUGCCAAACGCCAUGGACGAGGGAAUGUAUGGGAAAUCACUGGUUUGGGUGAUUUUGGAGGUUUUGUUGCUUUUUUUUUGGAGGAGAUAUUUAUAUUGAGAAAAAAGAAAAGACUUAUCGAUGAUUCGUCAAAAAUCAGGACAUUUGUUAAGUUGUUGGGUACUUCAAAAGUAUUUAUUUAUUUAUUGUCAACGGAAUUCUUUACGGAAGCAUGCAGCUGGUCAUCGCUCGAGGGCCUUCAGCAUGAUAUUUACAUUUUAUAUACAAUGUGUUAAUUGUACAGCGAAAAAGAGAAAGGAAAAAAAAAGAAAAAGAAAAAUAUUCAGCUAAUUAUGAGCAUCGUGCAAUUAAAUAGGAAAAGAAAGUAAUAGUAAAAAAUAAAAAUAUUUGAGGGA